AUGCAGCAGCGCAUCCCUGCCCUGCCCACCUCCCAAGAUCUGCGGGAUAGAUCAGAGACUCUUUUGACCCUGGAGGAAAAAACUAAGCUGAAGGCCCUGUUACACGAUUAUCAGGAAGUUGCCAAGGUCGAACUCGUCCUUGGCAAGUUCACCACUCUCACCCACAAGAUAGACACCGGGGAUGCCCGCCCAAUCAAACAGAAGAUGCCAAGAACCCCCAUCAAUUUCGCCAACGAAAAGGGGGCCCAUUUAGAAAAGAUGCUGAAAGCUGGAGUGAUACAGCCUUCUAUCUCAGAAUGGGCUUCUCCUCUCGUUUUGAUCAGGAAAAGAGAUGGCUCUGUUAGAUGGCACAAGAGAAAACCCAAGCCUCUACAGGACCACGCCAAUGCCGCCUUGCAGUUUUUGGACCACAAAUUCAUUGAGGAGCUGAGCCAAGAAGAUCAGCAGGAAAUAAUAACCAAUCUUCUAUCGAGAUUUCCAGAAUUAUACAUGGACAUCCAUGAUUCUUAUGACCGUGCAAACCAGAAUGAGCCAACAGUGGAGGAAUCUGACAGACCAGUCCCAAGUAGGAGUCAGUCAGGCACUGCAAGCAGGCAAGAUAGUGAUCCAGCCGCAGCACCUCAAGAUACCCCAACUCCAUCAUGGUGUAGGUGCGGUAAUCGUCAACAGAUGCCAACACAAAUUGAGAACAAAUGCUGUCGCUUGAAACACUGCUUCACCACAGAGCAGCAAUUUCAUGAUGCCGUUCUUAAUACUGUAGUACUGGCAACCUGCAUGAACCGAGAGAAGGAUCUAUUUCCACAUGACAUCCCAAGAGGAAAUCAGAGUUACCGCCAUUACGCUUAUAGACAGUAUACCUAUCUAGUGCACCACUAUCUGGGUGCUGGUAACAGACGCGUGGUUCCAUCAUGUGCGGUACUUCGUAUUAGGAAGCAGUAUCCAUCUGCAUUCUACAAGGGCUUCAUCAAUGGAGUGCAUGACUAGAUUUGACUUACAACUUUCAUCUUUUUCCAACUCUUGAGAUAUAUCUAUCAUGUUUGAGUAAAACUGUAGAAGUCUGCCAGUAAUUCACAAGCUUGCCGUUUUCUUAAUAAGUCUUGCCUUCUUCACACGAUCCAUUUUGCAUUGCAAAUACCUUGAAACUUAUCUGUGUACAUAUAUUUACAAGUAGAUAUUUAUUAU